AUGGAGGAACUCACGGCUUUUGUAUCCAAAUCUUUCGACCAGAAAAGCAAGGAGGGCGGCGGCGGCGGCGGCGGCGGCGGCGGCGGCAAGAAGGAUUCGAUCACGUACAGGGAAGUUUUGGAGAGCGGGCUGGCGCGCUCCCGGGAGCUGGGGAGCUCGGAAUCCAGCCUGCAGGACAUUACGGACGCCAGCGGCCACUGCCCGGUGCAUCUGUUUAAGGACCACGUGGACACCGACAAGGACAAACUGAAAGAGUUCGGCACCGGGAGGGCCUCGGAAG